AUGGAGGUCAGUGCAGUGGUGGCUACGACUGUUGCCGCCAUGUCCAUCAAGAGCAUGGAGUUGAAAUGGGUGAGCAGCAGAGGCAAAACCCAGAUGGAAAAAACCAUAAAAACGCCAUCAAAGUCCAAAUCGCCAUUUCCCUUACAAGUCAUGGUCCCAAUUUUCAUAUCCAUAAACCCAUCUCACAUACACCCAUCCGACCUCCGAGACCUCUUCACCGCCUACAACCUCUCACCUCACCAGUUCCCCAAUUACGCUGACGACAGCGGCGUUGAAGCCGUCGACUUGCACAAGCUGCGCAUUGCUCUCUCCCAUAGCUCAGUCCUGGUCUCGGUCUUCUGCAAGCCAAGUGAUUUAAUUGGUGAUUCAUCAUCGUUAUCGUCUUCCAUCGAAACGCAACAGCAAAAGAGGAUGAAGAAGAAGAAGACAUUUAGUUUUGGGGAGUUGCUUCAGAAUGCCAUCAUUCUGCCAUCCACUCGGGCUCUCGGGCUGGCAAUUCAUCACAGGCUUGGAGCUCGGGCCUUCACUCUCCCUCGAACUGCCCACGCUGGAGCUUCAAGGCCGGCUAUCUGGCCCUAUUUCGUCCCCCGUCCCCCGAGCACCAGCCUACGCUGGAGUUGCUCUAAGGAGACAAAGUUAAAACCAAAAACUACCUUAAGGCUAAGUUAA